ACGAAGCGCGCUGCCGUGCGCAGUGUGCGUUCUUGGUACUGGGGCAAAAACUCCACAGGGCGCGCGCCUCCCGCCCCUGUGAAGAGCGCCCGUCGCGCCCACCUCCCUGUUCCAGAACACAUACCCGGCCGACAAGAGUGUAAGUGACGAGACGACGAACCAAUCAGCAGCCUACCAGGGACGGCGGCUGCUACGUGAUGGGGCGGGCGAGGAGUCCAGCAGAGGUUAACAGAGGGCGGGGUUACUGGCGGGGACAACGCGAGAAGCCACUCCGAGCACAGGGAUGGAGGGACUGACAGCCGGCUGAGCCAAUCAGCGUGCAGCGACAGCAUAGCGGGUCGGUCAGACAGGCCGCACCGUUACUACUCUUGGCUGCAGUUUUAGGAAUAUAUUGAAGAAACCAUGGACAUCAACAGGAUGGACAAUCAACCAUGGACAAUCAACAGUGAAACUUCUGUUCCUGAAAAGAAAAUCAACUCCUUAGUAGCUGAAGAUCAUGCUCAGCAAAUUCUAAAUGUACUGCAAAGUUUCAGAGAAAAUAAUAUCUUUUUUGACUUUAAAAUACUUGUGAAAGAUGAAAUAAUCCCCUGUCAUCGUUGUGUACUAGCAGCAUGCAGUGACUUUUUCAGAGCCAUGUUUGAGGUUAACAUGAAAGAAAGAGAUGAUGGGAAUGUUACUAUUAGUAAUUUAUCACCCAAAGCGGUGAAGGCUUUUCUCGAUUACGCCUAUACAGGAAAAACUGAGAUAACAAAUGAUAAUGUGGAAAUGUUCUUCCAGUUGUCAUCAUUUCUUCAAGUUUCACACCUCUCCAAAGCUUGCAGUGAAUUUCUAAUAGAAAGUGUUGAUCUUGGGAACUGUUUACAGUUGUUGUCUAUAUCAGAAAGUUAUGGUUCUGUUCAUUUGUUUGAUCAUGCACUAGAGUUUGUACAGCACUGCUUUUCCUUGCUACUCAAAUCUAGUGAUUUCUUGGAGAUGAAUUUUGAGAUAUUGCAAAAAUGUAUUGAAGCAGAUGAGCUAUAUGUCCCUGAGGAAGAAUCUGUGUUGAAAGCUGUCCUACAGUGGACCAAACAUAAUUUAGAAACAAGACAGAAGCAUCUCCAUCACUUGAUUAAAAAGGUGAGAUUACAUCAGUUACCUGAAAAGACACUGAAGGACUUGUUGCAUUCUGAAGAAUAUUUGCUUCAGAGCACUGACUGCUUAGGAAUAAUCAAUGAUGCAGUUAAAAGUGUACAAAACUCCAGUGGACUAUUUCCAGAUGCUCGUCCUUCAACAACAGAAAAAUAUAUAUUUGUUCACAAGACUGAAGAAAAUGGGGAAAACAGACACACAUUUUGCUAUAAUGUCAAAACUGAUAAAUGGAAAGAACUGCCCCACACACACAUCAUUGAUCUGCCAGGGUCAAGUUUAUCUAGUUAUGGAGAAAAAAUAUUUAUAACUGGUGGGUGCAAAGGGAACUGCUGUAGGACUGUUAGACUUCAUAUUGCUGAACGCUUUCAUGAUGCCACUGAUCAGACUUGGUGCUACUGUCCAGUCAGCAAUGAUUUCUCCAUAGUGUCCACUAUGAAAAAAACAAGGACUAUGCACACAUCUGUCAUGACUCUAAAUCAGUUAUUUAUAAUAGGUGGAAAGACUAAAGGAACUCAGGACAUCAGAAGUCUUUUGGAUGUGGAAUCUUACAAUCCUCUCUCCAAAGAAUGGAAAUCUGUAAGCCCGUUACCAAGAGGCAUAUACUAUCCAGAAGCAAGUGCAUGUCAAAAUAUAAUUUAUGUCCUUGGUGCUGAAGUAGAGAUUACAGAUGCCUUUAAUCCAUCUCUGGAUUGUUUCUUUAAGUACAAUGCUAUGACUGAUCAGUGGUCUGAGCUUGUAGCAGAGUUUGGGCAGUUUUUUCAUGCAACUUUAAUCAAAGCUGUUGCAGUGAACUGCACAUUGUAUAUAUGUGACCUUUCCACCUACAAGGUUUAUAGCUUUUGUCCAGAAACUUGUGUUUGGAAAGGGGAAGGAUCUUUUGAAUGUGCUGGCUUUAAUGCAGGAGCAGUUGGAAUAGAAGAUAAAAUUUACAUACUAGGUGGUGACUAUGCUCCAGAUGAAAUUACAGAUGAAGUACAAGUCUACCAUAGCAACAGGUCUGAGUGGGAAGAAGUCACACCAAUGCCAAGAGCCUUAACUGAGUUUCAUUGUCAGAUGAUUCAGUUUAAUAAAUACAGAGACCCAUGGUCAUCUGUAAGGCAGUGUGCUCUGGAGCAUUUUGAAACAUCGUAAGUUAUAACAGUCUACUUAAAUGCACAAGUAUUUAAAACAUAUUAUUUUUAGCUAUUGCUAUAGUUUUUUGCAAAACGAUUAUAUUAUAUUAUAAACAUGUUCUAUUGAUAACUUAUGUAUAGAAUUGUUUGUUUUUAUGAUAAUCAUGUAUAUCAACUUUUCCAUAGAGGUUAUAUGUAACUUCUUUUCAGCUGUCAUUUGAAUAAUUUGCAGAGCAACAUCGCUUUUCAAGAAGUACAGUAAUAGGGGUUUAAUUUUGUAAUAUCUAUGCACUGUUACUUGUAUCUUCAUGAAUGCCCCAGUGGACAGAUCACUGAGCAAGAAAAUUGUGUUGAUCUUUUUCCUUCAUAACUAAUGGAGUAGAAAUAUGCUGAAUUUUUUGUUUAAUCCUAGCAGAGGAGCUGUAAACAUCAUGUGUCAGUUUACCCUUGCUACACUGACAACAGCAAGAGCAAAUGCCAAAAAGGCCUUCACAUUCACAAGGCAUUGACUCUGGAUAUUUAGUGUGAAGGGAAUAAUGAUUUUUACAGUUUUAUUUCAUUGUGGCCUGUUUUCCCUACUCGUGUACUUGCUUUCUUCAUCCUAAAGCUGUUGUCAGACAAUCUCUGAGAUUGACACCAUUUUGUAAGCAAUUGCUGUAUGGUGUGGGAUUCACACAGCAACCUCCUGCACCUUUGCAGAUGGUCAUCUUGGUAGUGUUGCCAAACACAACUAGGCCAAAAGAGCAAGAUUCUUGAGGUUGCUCUCAGACCUAGGAUUUCCAUCUGUCAAAUCUAUUAGUGCUACAUACUACAGCCAUGUGUAUACUACUGGCUAAAUCAGCAUUGCUGUGAUGGAAGCAGUGUAUUGAUUUAGUGAGCCUGGUGAAGAUACGCUAAGUCCAUGGGAGAUUGCUCUCUCAUUGACGUCUGUACUCCAUCUCCCUGAAAGGUGGAAGCUAUGUCAACGGGAAAGCAUCUCCCAUCAACAAUAGCACGGUGUAAACACUGCUGUAAAUCGACCUAAGUUACGUUGACUUCAGUUACGUAAUUUACUAAACUGAAGUAACAUAACUUAGAUUGACUUACAGCAUUAGUGUAGACCAGCCCUAAGUCACUGGGCUAGCCUCUGCAGUACUUUGUAUCACAAAUUCUAGAUAUUAUUGCUUCAAUUAACUAAAUUGGAAGUGUAUGUGUUUCAAUGUAUAUAAAAUACCAAAUACAGUACUGAAAAAUACCCAAAACCCCACACUUUUAAAAUCAAAGUGGACAAGUAUUUCUAAAGUCAAGUAAUAAUUUUUUUAAAAAGAAUUGUAAAUAGUCCAUGUUUUAACUGAACUAAAAGACACUUCAAGAUAUGUACUUUCACUUUGUACCUCACAAUCCACCUUACGUGUAGAAAUACUAUAUGGUAACCACUAGACUAAGUAUAUUGCUUGGAUUUUUAACAUAGUAACCUAUUAUAAUAAGAAUGUUAAACUUGCAAUGGAUUUUUAGUAUUACUAUUAAUCUACAUAUGGUUCCUGGGGCAAAUUUAGCCCCCCACCUCCAAAGUGGAUCUUUCACAGAGGAAGAGGUGCUAAUUACGGUUGCUAGGUUCCACGCACAGAGACAAGCAUGGGAAGAUUGGAAAUAAGGAAGGGAGACAGACAUCUGUCCUGUGGAGGGGUACUGGCCUGCAAGUAGCCUUCACAGAAGGGUUCUGUAAUUUUCCACAACAUGGGUGGGAAAGAUUCCUUUUCUUCCCAGUACUCGGCCCAGCUACUUGGGCCGAGCAAUGGGGUCUGAAUUUGCUCUAAUGAAUAAUGUAUACUAUAGUGACAAUAUAUUAGAAACAGUAAACUCAUGCUAUGCUAGACAGAAUUAUAUUAAGCAUUUGGCUAUAGCAUGUACCCUGUUUAAGCAAUGUAAAAUUAAAAUUCCAGAAGGAAAAGCUAUAGAAAUCUUUUCUGAUAGUUGAGACUAUCUGGAUAAUUUUAGAAAAUACCACAUGUGCAUUGGGCUGGCAUUUUGGAAAAGUCAAGUCAGUAUUGUCUGGAAUUGAUUCUCUCUUUGUGGCUAUUAUUUGCGGCUAAUAUUUCUGUUUCAAACACUAUACUGUAUAAGGCCCCAAUCCUGCAAUUGGCUGUGCAGACACACCAUUGAAAUCAGUGGGGCUCUGUGCUGGUGAAUAGGUCUGCCUACCUGAGCCUUAUAGGAUUGGGAGUUAACACAGGCAGGUCGUAGAACUAUAUUAAUAUUUUUAGUGCAGUGUUAACUGUAAAAAAGAGCAGGGCAAAAGCAGAAUCUUAUGCUUUCAUGCACACAUUCUAGUGAAAGUGUUUUCCAGAACUGCCUAAUAUACACUGUCUUUCUCUAAUAUUUGAGAUGGCAGAAAUAAGAUUUUAAUUUUUCAGUUGGAUUCCUGUGAUUUUAGUGAGACACAGGCCAUGUGACUAUAGAAUGGUUAAACUUUCCAGAUCCCCAUGAGUCUAGUUGCAAUUGACAUCUCCGGUAUGUGCAGGCCAUAAUGGCCACUUUUAACCUAACGUAUCAGUCUUAGAUCAAGAUUGCACCAGUCAGUGCCAGAUAUUCUCAGAUGUUACCUGCUCUAUUACAAGGAAAUAAAGACAAAAACAAAAAUAGCACUGGUUUAGUAAUUUGGUAUCAGGCAGCCAUAUGAAGUUAGCCAACAUUUACCAAGAUGACUUUCAUAAGAACAUAAAUGAAAUUUUGUAAAUUUAAAGAGCCUGUUCUUCAAAUAAAUCUGUAGUUUGUAAUAAGAUUUAGGUCAAAUUCUGUUAACAAAAAAUAGUAAACAGUUUGCUAUUGGUAUCAAGAGAUUUUAGUGUUAAGAAGGUAACAUCUACUUUUAUACUACUUCUUCCCCAAAUUAUUCACAGACUAUGCUUAAAUAUGAUGUAGUUCACAAUCCUCCCACCGAAAGCAACUGUCACUUGGGUUAGAACACAACUGUUUGUUCUUAAUGGAAAGCAAAUGUUCAGAACAAUUCUGGAAAAGUGAAAAGUAUCAAAAUGAAACCACAAGAAAAAAAUGUAAGUAUAUCGUAUAAUGACCCAGUUUCAGAUUUGAUGGGGACACUGAAGCUAACACUACUAUUCUUGCAAAAUCUAGGGUGGAGUCUUACUAACCAUGAGUUUUUACAACUUAAUUGUCACUUCUCAUCAAAAAUACAGGAUCUCAUUCUCCACUGCUUUGUCCUUGUGUAGUAGUUUACACCCAUGUAAAGUGAGUAAAAUUGAAAAUGCUAUGACAUGUUGGAUGUGCAGUUUAUUAAGGUGUAAAGGACAGGUUCAAGGAAAUAGAGAAUCAGGCCCAUAGUAUUUUUAACUAUCACCAUCACUAGCAACUUGUUGGGCUACAGUCAGCAUUGAGUCAGGGGAAAGAAUGACACCAAUUGAAUCACAAAUAGUGUUUGUUAUAGCAAUCUGACUUUCCUUUGAGGUCUUCUAUCCAAGCACUGUUUAGGCCUAAUCCUGUUUUGCUUUGGGCACCUGAUGGAAUCAUAACCCAUGGUAAAACUCUUGCCAUUAUUUAUAUCUCUAUUUCAUCAAAUAUAUAUAUAGUGAUGCUUCACUCAGAUUUUUAUUUUAAAAUAGAUAUGUUACUUUAAUUUUUUCUUAAAGCUGUGCUACAUUUUGCAUAUCUAAUAAUAACUAAGAAAUGUCUUUAAAUCCAAUAAAAUAUCUGUAAACAAAACCUAUGUACAGGGCUGUUGCAUCUUAGGUGGGGGUUCCGUUCCAUGGUUAUCCCGUAAAGCGAAAACCGCAUAUAGUCAAAGCACCAAGCCCUUUAAAUCCCACCCGCAGCUCCGGUGGCGGGGCCGGGAGGGAGGGCAUUUAAACGGCUGGUGGACCCCUUCAGAUGCCCUCCCCCGGUCCCGCCGCCGGAGCCGCAAGCGGGAUUUAAAGGGCUCCCCGCCCCCGCCCGGCCGCCGGAGCUGCGGGCAGGAUUUAAAGGGCUCUGCCAGGC